AUGCACGUACGUGCGGUGUACGAUUUGGCUGUUGCUGGUGAUGCCACCUCAACGUCGGUUGUCCCUUAUGUUCAGGUUGCUCAUGCUGCUCGCCGUGGUCGACGACCAGGUCGGAUGAGGCUUCUGCCCGAUCUUCCUCAGUAUGUUGACCUAGGGGAUAGUCGUUGUGUCUGCAAGUAUUGUGGUGCCUUUUUUUGGUUUUCUGAAAGGAGUAUGAAAUUAUCUAUGCAUAAUCAUCCGAGGUAUAGUCAUUGUUGCAGGUCUGGUGAAGUUGUCCUGCCCUAUCCCUCUGCAUUUCCACCUGAAUACAUCUCGCUUUUCGGUAAUGACAGCAACCUGAGGGACAUUAGGGCCUAUAAUAGUAUGUUCUCUAUGACAUCUUUUGGCGCCACUGUAGACGAUGAACUUAACAAUGGUCGUGGUCCUUAUGUUUUUAAGGUUUCAGGACAAAUUAGUCAUCAGAUCGGUUCCCUCUGUCCUGAUGCUGUAAAGGGGCCUAGAUUUCUGCAGUUAUAUCUAUUUGAUAUAGCUAACGAAGUUCAAAACAGGUAUGAUUUACCUACACCUGGAUCUUUAGGUUGUAUUGUUACAGGUGAUGCGUAUGCUGGUGAUCGUUACGACAUUGUCAUUCAUUCCAACACAGGUCGUCCUCAGCGUAUUAGUAAGCUACACCCUACCUAUAUGCCUCUGAAUUACCUGCUUUUGUUUCCGUACCGUGAGCCCGGUUGGUGUCCAGCCAUGAGAUUAGGAAACAGAACUGAUGCUGGAGCUAAAAACCUCACGCUAAAUAUGUAUUAUGCAUACCACCUUCACGGACGUCAGUACAUAUGGUAUGCUAUUUUUAAUUCUUCUAGAUUGGAAAACGUCUGUUCCUACCAACAUCUUUUACUGGUGGUCCACGUUACAUGUAUUGAAGAUAGUCAUCUCCAGUUUUAUGCAACACAUCAGGAAACCCUUCGUUCCGAAUAUGUUGGAGGCCUUUAUGAUGCAUUAUCGAAAGGUGAUAGAGGUUCCCGAUCAGUUGGAAAACGUGUGUUCCUACCAACAUCUUUUACUGGUGGUCCAUGUUAUAUGUAUAGCCACUAUCAAGAUGCUUUAGCGAUCUGUAGGCUACACGGGAAUCCACAGUAUUUCAUUACAUUUACAUGCAAUGUCAAAUGGCCGGAGAUUACACGGUAUAUGGACAUGCAUGAUCAGAGAGACUCGCAAAGCAGAACAUAUAUCAUUGCUAGAGUAUUCCAGCUGAAAGUACAAUCCCUCAUAAAUUACCUAAAGCAGGAUAAACCUUUUGGAGAAAUUGAUGCAUAUCGUGUUAGAUAUGUCAUUCCAAAGGAUGUAGGUGUGAAUGAUGUUGGACCAAGCAAGACUGUAAAUGAACAACCGAAUGUCAUGUGUGAAGAAAAGCAACGCAUCGAUGAGAUAAAACAUAUUUGGAUGAUACUCUCAGUUCAUGAAGAAAAUAAUCAGUCAAUUCUUUUCAAGGAAGACACAACAAUAAUACAAGUUCUCCGUAAUCCAUCUGCUACUAGGGCAACCCUUUUAGCAUGGUUUGAAAGCAACGCAAAGGACCCGACGGGUCAUGAGCACACAUAUAUUGAUUAUCCAAAAUACUACAAGUGGGAUGCCCCUUCCAAAUCGUGGGAUAGGAGAGCAGCUGUUUGA